AUUCAAGAUGUCUGCGCCCUUGAAAAAAUAAACAAAAUUAAAAACUUGAAGCGUUUUAGCUUGUUUUAUACCUCUUUCCAUUACAGUAAAAUGUCAUCACUAGUACCUAGUUAUGAAGGAAGUUCUGAUGAAGAAGGGGUUGACAAAAUACGUUCAACUUUAGAAGAAGACAAAGAAAAAUGGACACAAAAAGAAAAAACUAAUGUUGAAAUAAAAAAUAAAUCCCAGCAGACUACAUGUAGGUCUAGGCCUAGAUCUAAUUUCUUUGGAUUAAAUGACUGUUCAAGUGGUUCUGAUGAUGAAUCAAAUAAUGUUUGCAAUGAAAUGAAUACAUGUGUGAAAGAUGGCAGUGUACCAGAAUCUGAAUUUUGGUUGUCAGAUAAUCCUAAACAUUUUGAUACAGGUGGCUGGAAGGAUCAUCGGAUUGAUCAAUCGCCUUCAGAAAUUGUCAAUGACAUAUCAAUCAUUAAUGCUAGUCAAACGAAAUAUGCAAAAAUGUCUGAAAAUAUAAGCACCCUUUCUAAAGUUACACACAGUAAUAUCACAAAGAGUAAACAUUUAUACAAAUCAUUUGGAUCUUAUAAAUCACAAAAUAUUUCCCAUUCAAUGAAAAAUGAUGUGAAAAAGAAAUCAUUUUACUUUGUUCAUCACAAAAUUGGUCCUCAUCUUCAUGGUCAUUCAGACUAUAAAUUGCCUAAAAAACAACAGUACUGCUUUGAUGGCCACACAGGGACAAUAAAUCGGAUUUGUUGGAACAAGGGACAGUUUAGUCACUUAUUAGCUUCUGCAUCAAUGGAUGGCUGUGUGAAAAUAUGGAAUGCUUUUUCAUCAACUCAGAACUAUUGUGUACAAACUCUCACUAGUCAUAAUAAAGCAGUAAAAGAAGCAGUUUGGAAUCAAGAUGGAAGAAAAGUAUUGAGUUGUGGCUAUGACACAACUGCUAAGUUACAUGAUGUUGAAACAGGUAAACAGUUAAUGUCAGUUAACCAUGACAGCUGUGUAUCCACCAUAAAACAGCACCCAGUGAAUACUAACUGUUUUGUAACUGGAUCAAACAAUCACAUACACAUGUGGGACACAAGAUCACCUGGAGAACUAUCACAGAUAUAUACUUACAAAGACAAGUUUGGCCAGGUGCAAGAUCUACUUUUCAUCAACCAUGCAGAGCAGCUGGUGUCCUGUAAUGAUAUGGUCAGCAGAAAUAUGUCAGAUAGGAACAUUAUGUGCUGGGAUGUCAAAACUGGAGUUGUGCUGUCAAACCAAGUUUAUCAGGAGAAGUACACCUGUACUAGACUGAGACUGCAGCCUGAUGGUGCACGAUUUACAGCUCAAUCUUCAGGUGGAUAUGUUGCUCUCUUCUCAACAACCAGACCUUAUAAGAUGACACGACAUAAACGAUAUGAAGGUCACAAGGUGCUUGGUUAUAACAUAGGACAUGAUAUCAGUCCAGAUGGAUCCCUGCUGGUCAGUGGAAGCUCCACAGGGAAGAUGCAUCUCUAUGACUAUAAUAGCUCAAAAUUACUCAAGACAUUUUCAUCUGGAAGUGAUGUAUGUUUAGAUGUGACAUUUCACCCUGUACUGCAUAGUACUAUAGCAACAUGUGACUGGAAUGGGAACAUAUCAAUAUGGCAAUAAGGGAAAAAUAAUUUUGAAAUUUUGUAUCUGUUUCUGGCUGUUCUUAGUAGACAUAAGAGCUCUCCGUUUAAUGCACAUGGUUGCCAUAAACAAUGGAAGAUAAUGUCUUAUUAUCCCAUUGAAUAAAGUUCGUAAGGAUUGUAAUGAUGUCAUAGAGCAAUGAGCAGUUUUUAACUGAAUAUAUGGGCUAUAUUAUGUUAAAAGAUGAUUAAAUAAGACUGAAUAUUGGCAAAGUUAGAGCCAAUGGUCCAUUACUUCCUGAUCAGCCCUCGUAGAGAAGUGGUUUGUCUGUCCAUCCAUUAGUUUGUCUGUUUGUUCGUCUGUCUGACUACUAAAAUACCAGGCAAUGCAUUUGAUCUAAAUUAUAUAUGCUGAUGCAUAGAGACAAAAGAGCUUUACUUAAGAAGACAUUUUCAAGAUAGCCACUGAUUUUCAAAAUGGCUGUCGUUUUUUCGUAAAAAAAGUAAUCUUUGGUGUCAGUGGACGGAUUUGGUUUAAAAUUUAUAUGCUGAUGAUUAUGGAACAAAACUACCAGAUUUGGUAUAUAUGUUAAUGCCUUAUGAUCAUUUGGCCUCUACUUAGAAAUAAUUUUUUGAUAUAUGGUGUCACAUCACAUCAAGGGUAUACACCAAAAGGAGACAAAACUACUAUUUCUAUCAUGUGAUUUCCAACAUCACGAAGUAUUUGCUGUUUUCUAGUGAUGUUUAGGACAAAUGAUACUUGUGAAAUACAUUACUUUCACCAGUUAACCCUGGGUUUCAAUGAUAAAAUCCCGCAAUUAAAGUUGUUUCAGAAAUAAAUCCCUCUGUAUGAUUUUAAUUAAACUUUAAAAUGAAAAAAUAAAUGAAACACAAAUUGAG